CACAGUGUUGAGCUCCCAAAUCUCAUAUUUCUUGUCAUUCAUAAAGCAGUACUCCAUUGUUUGAGUCCUCCUAGCUAAUUCACUUCCCCAAUGGAAGCCAGUGCUGGACUUGUCGCCGGCUCUCACAACCGCAAUGAACUUGUUGUCAUCCAUGGCCAUGAAGAGCCUAAGCCUUUGAAGAAUCUGGAUGGUCAAGUUUGUGAGAUUUGUGGUGAUGAGAUCGGGGUGACAGUAGAUGGAGAUCUAUUUGUGGCCUGCAAUGAGUGUGGUUUUCCCGUUUGUAGGCCUUGCUACGAGUACGAAAGGAGGGAAGGCACUCAACAGUGUCCUCAGUGUAAAACUAGAUACAAGCGUCUCAAAGGAAGUCCUAGAGUGGAAGGGGAUGAAGAUGAAGAGGAUGUGGAUGAUAUCGAACACGAAUUUAACAUCGAUGAUGAACAGAACAAGCAUAGGAAUGUGGUGGAAUCCAUUCUUCAUGGGAAGAUGAGCUACGGAAGAGGCCCUGAAGAUGAUGAAACUCCUCAAAUUCCUCCUGUUAUAACUGGUGUCCGAUCUAGACCGGUGAGUGGGGAAUUCCCAAUAGCAGGUGCUCUUGCUUAUGGCGAGCAUAUGCCAAAUGCUUCUCUUCAUAAACGAGUGCACCCAUAUCCCAUGUCUGAAACUGAAGGAGCUGAAAGAUGGGAUGAUAAGAAAGAGGGAGGAUGGAAAGAGAGGAUGGAUGAUUGGAAAAUGCAGCAAGGGAAUCUCGGUCCCGAAGCUGAUGAUGCGUAUGACGACAUGUCCAUGCUUGAUGAAGCUAGGCAACCACUGUCAAGGAAGGUGCCAAUAGCAUCUAGCAAGAUCAACCCUUACCGUAUGGUGAUCGUGGCUCGUUUACUUAUCCUGGCUUUCUUCCUCCGCUAUCGAAUUUUGAACCCGGUGCACGAUGCUAUUGGACUGUGGCUAACUUCUGUGAUAUGUGAAAUCUGGUUUGCCUUUUCGUGGAUCCUUGAUCAGUUCCCUAAGUGGUUCCCUAUAGACCGUGAGACAUAUCUCGAUCGUCUUUCCCUGAGGUAUGAGAGGGAAGGUGAGCCCAACAUGCUUGCUCCAGUGGAUAUCUUUGUCAGUACAGUGGAUCCCAUGAAGGAACCCCCUCUAGUUACAGCUAAUACAGUUUUAUCGAUCUUAGCCAUGGACUAUCCAGUGGAUAAGAUCUCUUGCUACAUUUCGGAUGAUGGUGCUUCGAUGCUCACCUUCGAGUCAUUGUCAGAAACAGCUGAGUUCGCUAGGAAAUGGGUGCCAUUCUGUAAGAAAUUUGCCAUAGAGCCCCGAGCACCUGAGAUGUACUUCACUUUAAAGGUUGAUUAUCUCAAGGACAAAGUCCAACCCACAUUUGUUAAGGAGCGACGAGCUAUGAAGAGAGAAUAUGAAGAGUUCAAGGUGAGGAUAAAUGCACUUGUAGCAAAAGCCCAGAAGGUUCCUCCAGAGGGGUGGAUCAUGCAAGAUGGGACACCAUGGCCAGGAAACAAUACAAAGGAUCACCCUGGUAUGAUUCAAGUAUUUCUUGGUCAAAGUGGAGGCCAUGAUACCGAAGGAAAUGAGCUUCCUCGCCUUGUUUAUGUAUCUCGAGAGAAAAGACCUGGUUUCUUGCAUCACAAGAAAGCGGGUGCCAUGAAUGCCCUUGUUCGUGUCUCUGGGGUGCUUACAAAUGCUCCUUUCAUGUUGAACUUGGAUUGUGACCAUUAUAUAAACAACAGCAAGGCUGCAAGAGAAGCAAUGUGUUUCUUGAUGGAUCCUCAAAUUGGAAGAAAGGUUUGCUAUGUUCAAUUUCCUCAAAGAUUCGAUGGUAUUGAUAGGCAUGAUCGAUAUGCCAAUAGAAACACAGUUUUCUUUGAUAUUAACAUGAAAGGUCUAGAUGGUAUUCAAGGGCCUGUAUAUGUCGGCACGGGGUGUGUUUUCAGAAGGCAAGCUCUCUAUGGCUAUGAACCCCCCAAGGGCCCUAAGCGCCCAAAGAUGGUAAGUUGUGGUUGCUGCCCUUGUUUUGGACGCCGCAAGAAGGACAAGAAGUAUCCCAAGAAUGGUGGAAAUGAAAACGGGCCAAGCCUAGAAGGUGGUUCAGAUUCCGUGUUUUCCCUUGUUUUUUCACCUACAUAUUGUUUCUUCAACCCACUUACCCUAAAUUUCAUAUAUACUUGUGGAGCAGCAGUGGAGGAUGAUAAGGAGUUACUGAUGUCCCAGAUGAACUUUGAAAAGAAAUUCGGACAGUCAGCCAUUUUUGUAACUUCAACCCUGAUGGACCAAGGUGGUGUGCCUCCUUCCUCGAGCCCUGCAGCACUUCUUAAAGAAGCCAUUCAUGUAAUCAGUUGUGGUUAUGAAGACAAAACUGAAUGGGGUAGCGAGCUUGGUUGGAUUUAUGGCUCAAUCACUGAGGAUAUCCUAACAGGUUUCAAGAUGCAUUGCCGUGGAUGGAGGUCAAUAUAUUGCAUGCCAAAGUUGCCUGCAUUUAAAGGUUCAGCUCCCAUCAAUCUCUCGGAUCGUCUCAACCAAGUCCUUCGAUGGGCGCUUGGUUCAGUCGAGAUUUUCUUUAGUCGUCACUGCCCUGCCUGGUAUGGCCUCAAGGGAGCAAAGUUAAGGUGGCUUGAGCGAUUUGCAUAUGUCAACACCACCAUUUAUCCUUUCACAUCCUUACCAUUGCUUGCCUAUUGUACCCUCCCAGCAAUCUGUUUGCUUACAGAUAAAUUCAUCAUGCCACCAAUAAGCACGUUUGCAAGUCUCUUCUUCAUUGCCUUGUUUCUUUCAAUAUUUGCAACUGGUAUUCUUGAGCUAAGGUGGAGUGGAGUGAGCAUUGAGGAAUGGUGGAGAAAUGAGCAAUUUUGGGUCAUAGGUGGUAUUUCAGCACAUCUAUUUGCUGUGGUUCAAGGUCUGCUGAAGGUUCUAGCAGGGAUCGACACUAAUUUCACAGUGACAUCAAAGACAACAGAUGAUGAAGAGUUUGGAGAAUUGUACACCUUCAAAUGGACAACUCUCCUCAUUCCUCCAACAACAGUGUUAAUAAUUAACCUAGUUGGAGUUGUAGCAGGCAUCUCAGAUGCCAUAAACAAUGGAUACCAAUCUUGGGGACCACUUUUUGGAAAGCUCUUCUUCUCAUUCUGGGUCAUUGUCCAUCUCUAUCCAUUCCUUAAAGGUCUAAUGGGGAGGCAAAACAGGACGCCCACCAUUGUUGUUAUAUGGUCAGUUCUGCUGGCUUCAAUCUUCUCCUUGCUUUGGGUCAGAAUUGACCCAUUUGUGUUGAAAACAAAGGGUCCAGACACCACACAAUGUGGCAUCAACUGCUGAACCCCCUCUCCCAAAAGAAAAGUGUUCCCAUUCCUUCUUUGAUGCGUGGUUGUCUAGAUUAUACAUGUAAAUUCUUGCUCUUAUGAAGUAUUUUGUUUGGAUGUUGUAUGAACAAGCAAAAUGGAGAUGCACAUGAAAGAAUAAAACUAGAGUGAAAAUUUUUGUGUA